UGGGUUGUUGAGUCUAGAACGCACUUUAGGUGAUGUAGGGGCCAUUGAGGAGAACACAAACACAUACUGAAGAUUAUUGGUGCUCUAUCAUGAACUAUAAUUGAAGAACGUAAAAACUGGCUUGUUAAGACCAUGGGCAGAAAGGGGUUGACUUGGGGAUGAUGGGCAAUGCACAAAAGCUGAAACCAGGGGAGAAAUAAGAUGAAUUCCUGAUGGCAAGAGAAAAAUUGGGCUUAUUCACACUUGGGUUUGAAACGUAUGAUCUUAGUUGCUUCAUUGAUCAUCAACAUAUGUUUUCAAGUUGUUGGGGCAUUCAGGCUUACUUCUUGUCUAUUGAAGAAAAACAAGACCUGAACAUCCUUGCCAGGGGUUACUAGUUUUCAUAAGCAUUUCCAAUAAAACACAAUCAUAUAGUGGCAAGGGUAAAGAAACAGAGAGAUGAGUGCGGGUGGUGCAUUUGGUGGGAACAGGGGAUUGAGGCCAGUACCCCCAGAAAAAGGCAUUUUUCCGUUGGAUCAUAUGCAUGAAUGUGACUUGGAGAAGAAAGCGUAUGUUACUUGUCUGAAAUCCUCUGGUUAUCAAUCUGAAAGAUGUAGACAAUUUUCAAAAAAGUACCUGGAAUGUCGUAUGGAAAGGAACUUAAUGGCAAAGCAAGAUAUGUCUGAGCUUGGGUUUGGCAAGGAAGCCGAUGAGGAAGCUUCUGAACAGAGGAAUGAAAAGGUUGUUGCUAGGGAAAUAGCUUUGCCUGGUGGUCAGGGCAAGACGGUUGCUACUACUUGAGUCUGAAGGAGUCUGUCCAUGGGACCUGAGUUCUAGAUUUUUCCCUUAAUUAAAGAGAGAGAAAGAUCAGAAAAUGCUCUCAGUUACAGAACGAUAAAGUGAAACAACAUAGGUUUUUUUUGGCAGCUGGAUUGCAGAAAAUCCAUUAAUUUGAGUGUUAGCAUUUUGGCCUUCAAUAGAUUGUGGAUUCUCCAAUAGUGGGAGUGGUUGCAGCAAGUCUGAGGCGUGCAAGUAUCCAUUUUAUCCCAGCAGUAGGUAACAAAAAAUAAAGGGAAUGGUUCUAUUGGUAGUUUGUGCAUCAACUGUAUGUGGGAAUCCCACAUCCAGCAAUCUUGAAAACGAACCCUGGCUUGGAAUCCCUCUCUCAGGGAACAGUUUUUCAUGACUUGGCAAGUUUAGUAGCCUCAUUUGAAGCACCUUGAUAUCUGGUCACAACAAUGGUUCCUAAUCGAAGAAAUUUUAUGGUCUGACCUCCAAGGUCAAAUAUUCGUGUUCUGUUA